GAUCCAUACGGAGGGUUGUUCGAUGAUGAGCAGAAGAACAUUCUAGAAAUCAAGAAGCAGCUUGAGGAUCCACAUCAGUCUGAGGAUUCUUUGGUUGAGUUGCUUCAAAGUCUAGCAGAUAUGGAAAUAUCAUUCCAAGAACUCAAGGAGGCUGAUAUUGGAAGGCAUGUGAGUCUAUUGCGGAAGCAGCACCCAAGUGAUGUUGUUAGGAGAUUGGCAAAGCAAGUUGUCAGGAAAUGGAAAGGUAUUGUGGAUGAAUGGGUGAAGUUACAUGGAGAACUGCCAUCUUCAUCGGCCAUGGUUGAUGAAGACUCGCCCCAGCAGAAAAUUCCCCAAAAUGGUCUUCACCAGGUUCCUGAUUUUGCAUACUCUCCAAAUCCUCACAAUGGGAGUUCUGGGUCAGAUAAGAACAAUUCAGAACCAGAACGCAAGCCAAAGGCAGUUCCUAGGAGAGAAGCUCCACCAAAACCAGCACAAUCAAUCCCUAUGUCUGCUUCUGCUCCUCAAAAUAGACAGAGAGAACAGAAGGAAAGCAAUUUUGACAAUGAUAGAUUGGCUUCUGCAAGAAAACGACUUCAGGCGAAUUACAAAGAAGCUGAAAAUG